AAAUACGGAAGAAAGUCCACCCUUGAGAACUGUCUUGUCGAGUCUUACAUGCUGCAAACUUGGUCACUUAUACUGUAAUUUGUUGGAAUGUACUGCUUUGUAAACACUUAGGCAAUUUAUUACGUUUUGCAUUUAAUUGUCAUAUUCCGGUAAUCACGAAGCCUGUCGUGGGUGUGUCUACGUUACCUAUGUUUACUAUUAGCUAAAUGAGCUCUUAGCAUUUAGCAAAACAUCACGCAGCUGGACUACCAUUAAAAAAUGAGGACGUCUUUACGCUUCAUCACAGGAGGCUACAAGGCGGUUGGCACAUGGCAACCAAGCACCUUUUUAUCACCUCUUUCGGCUCAAUUAAGCGUCUCGCGAUCAAGCAGUGCUGUGUGCAAAGAGGAAAGAAGCUACUACAUAACCACUCCCAUCUUCUAUGUCAAUGCCUCUCCUCAUGUGGGUCACCUGUAUUCAGUAAUUUUAGCCGACUGCAUGCACCGAUACAAGCUUCUACGGGGAUUCAAGUCAAAAUUUGCAACAGGCACAGAUGAGCACGGUUUAAAAAUCCAACAGGCAGCCGAUGCAGCAGGACAAGACCCCAUGGCCUUCUGCACAGGCGUGUCUCACAAAUUCCGGCGGCUCUUCAACAGGUGUGACGUGACCUUUACAGACUACAUCAGGACCACUGAGGAGAGGCACCGGCGGGCCGUAGAGCAUUUCUGGUGCACGCUCCGUGACAAAGGGCUCAUCUACAAGGGGAGCUAUGAGGGCUGGUACUCCACCCCGGAUGAGAGCUUCCUUACGCAGACCCAGGUGGCCGACGCUGUUGACGGGACGGGCCAGGCUAUCAAGGUGUCGCUGGAGAGUGGUCACAAGGUGGAGUGGCUAAAAGAGGAGAAUUACAUGUUCCGUUUGUCGGCAUUUCGGACUCAACUGCUGGAAUGGCUCCAGAAAACCCCCGGAGCCAUCCAGCCUGAGCGUUUCCUCCAGGAUGUUAUCAAGUGGCUGCAGGACGACCUUCCGGACCUCUCCGUGUCCCGCCAAAGAAGCCGCCUUCAGUGGGGAAUCCCCGUGCCAGGGGAUCCCGAGCAUAGCAUCUAUGUAUGGUUAGACGCUCUGGUCAACUAUCUCACGGUGGCUGGUUACCCCAACGACCACGAUCAUUGGUGGAGUGUGGCCCACCACAUAGUAGGCAAAGACAUCCUGAAAUUCCACGCCAUCUACUGGCCAUCUUUCCUACUUGGAGCGGGACUGGCGCCGCCGCGGUCCAUACAUGUGCACUCGCACUGGACAGUCAACGGAACCAAGAUGUCUAAAAGUUUGGGCAACGUGGUGGAUCCCUUUGAGCGCUCGCUGGCCUUCACCACCGAUGGUUUGCGGUACUUCCUGCUGCGUCAAGGCGUGCCCGAUUCCGACUGCGACUACACAGAUCACAAAGUCACCAAGCUGCUCAACGCAGAGCUGGCCGACUCCUUGGGCGGCCUCCUCAACCGCUGCACCGCUCCCGCUCUCAAUCCAACACAGACCUACCCGCCGUUCUGCCCUUUUUCUUUCCCCAAUGAACGGGACGGUCGGGCGGUGCCAGAAGACUACCACAUGCUGGAUGCUGUGCAAAAACUUCCAACGGUGGUGGAGCGUCACUACGAAAGCCUGCACAUAUACAAAGGUUUGGAGGCCAUCGCUUCCUGCGUUAGGCAAACCAACGGCUUCGUUCAACGCCACACGCCUUGGAAGCUAAACAGGAUGGACGCAGGUGACCGACGUUGGCUGGACACCAUCGUCCACGUCUCCCUGGAAUGUCUGAGGAUUUACGGGACCCUCCUACAGCCCGUCGUACCGCGGGUAGCUGACAAGCUGCUGUCCAGACUUGGCGUGCGAGCCAACGAGAGGAACUUGAAUGACCUGGACUUCCUGCCUAGUUACCGUGGCAAAGCCUGUCCCUUCCCAGGUAGAAUGCUUGGACCUGAUACAGGAGUGUUAUUUAAUCGACUGGAAAGUCCUACUGGAGAUCAGCAAAAAACUAAGAACAUUAGAAAGCAGAUUAUCUCAAGACACUUAUAGAGGGGAAAGCUCCUGAGCCACACACAUGAAAGUAUAAACUAACUAAACAUGAACAAUCGCAAGGUGGCGCAGACAAGGGAAAAAGAAAAUUCUGAUAGAAGCUUUGAACAGAAACUCAGUGGAGAGGCUGGUAGACUUAAAGGGACAAUAAAGCGAGCUACCAUUGGUACGUAUUUAUGUGAUAAGACUGUAUUAAAAAAUGUCUACUAGAAUUCCCCCCUGGAAAAUAGAUCAUAAAACUGGUGGCGGUGAACUUACUGACGUCAACUUUUUGGGUGGUGUGCUUGAUUGACCAAUGUGCCUGUUAGUUUUAUGACUAUGGAUUGCUUAUUUUACAUUGUUGUUCAAUAAAUCUUAAGUUAAAUCAG